AUGGAGGCUGAUCUAAAGAAGAUGCUAAAGAAGAAAAAGAAGUCUAUCCAGACAGAACCUAUUGAUCAAAACGUAGUGCCUCCUACAGCUCCAAUUGCUCAUGCUGAUCAUGAAGUUGAAGAAGAACAAGUAGCUCGUAAAGAUGAGAAAGACACUACUCAUGAAGAUGACCAAGAACUUGCUGAUGAAAAAGAAAAAGCUCCUAAAAAUGCAGCUGCUCAAACAUAUUCCCAUGUGCGCAUUGACAAUGCUCCUCCAAUUCAAGAUGAAACUACCUAUCACCUCCUCUACUGCGGUUCCAAAAGUUCAAGUGGAGGACUCUCACAUCACCAUCAAUGCCCCUCUAAAGUGCAAAACCAAGAGGAAAGCUGGUCGCUCUUCUCUACCCUCUCGAAAGUCUUGAAGACUUAUGAACAAAAAGGGGAGUUUGAUUGGUUAAUUGGAACAGGUUUGCUUAGGGGUGAUCACGGGUUGCGGGUAGAACCGGAACCUACGGGUAGAACCAGAAUCGGCACUGUGCGGGUUGAAACCAUGAGUAAGGAAGGAGGAGAACUAGAAGAGGUCGACAUGAAAUUCUUCAUCAAGGCUGUUAAUGACCAAUUUAAAUUGCUGAAUGCGAGAUUGAAUGAUUUGGAGUCCUCUUCCGCUUCUAAAUCACAUAGAAGACAUGAAUUCGACGAAGCUGAUUCCGAAGUGGAGAGAACACGUUAUAAACAGGCCAAGAAGAUUGACUCCAAAGGAGAUAACAAUAUAGGCAGUAUAAAGAUGGCAAUUCUGACUUUUCAAGGAAAGAAUGAUCCUGAGCUAUACUUGGAGUGGGAAAGAAAGGUUGAGCACGUAUUUGAUAUUCAUAAUUACUCCAAGGAGAAGAAAGUAAAGCUAGCAGCCGUGGAGUUUACAGAUUAUGAAGGUAUAUGGUGGGAUCAAUUGGUGAUCAAUAGGAGCAGGAAUGGUGAGAGGCCUAUUAGGUCAUGGGAAGAGAUGAAGUUGGUGAUGUGCAAGAGAUUUAUACCUAGCCAUUACUAUAGAGAUUUGUAUAGGAAGUUGCAAGGACUGGUUCAAGGUUCCAUGAAUGUAGAGGAUUAUUAUAAGGAGAUGGAAAUUUCCAUGAUUAGAGCAAACAGAGAAGAAGACAGAGAAGCAAUAAUGGCUAGAUUCAUUGCCGAAUUGAACAAGGAGAUUGCUGACGUGGUUGAGUUGCAACAUUACGUAGAGAUGGAGGAGCUACUGCACAAAGCCGUUAAAGUGGAGAAGCAAAUCAAGUCCAAGAGGUUCAGACUUAGUUCGUCCUGUAUCUGUUCGUGGAGAUCAAAUUGGAAAGACAACAAAGUUGCCUUUAGAACAAAAAAAGAAGCAAAGUCAAAGAAUUCAGUUGCUAUUCCUAACGGUAAACCCAAAACUAAAACUCUUACUAAGUCAUAUGAUAUUAAGUGUUUUAGGUGCCAAAGGUUCAGACAUAUUGCUUCCGAAUGCCUAAACAAAAAGGUUAUGGUUGUAUGGGCAAAUGGGAAAGUCAAAAGUGCUAGCUCAAGUGACGAUGAGAUGCCACCAUUGGAGGAUUGUUCCGAUGUUGAAGUGGAAGAACCUGUGCAUGGUGAUUUACUUGUUACAAGGAGAGCCCUAAGUAUACAGCCUAAGGAUGAAGGAGAUGAGGAGCAACAUGAGCAUAUUUUUCACACAAGAUGCCACGUGAAGGAUAAGGAGAAGCAUCCUAAACCGUACAAGCUACAAUGGUUGAAUGACUGUGGAGAAGUGAAGAUAAACAAGCAAGUUCAAGUUCCUUUUUCCAUUGGCAAGUAUGAGGAUGAGGCUUGUGAUAUGGCACCAAUGUAUGCUGGUCAUAUAUUACUUGGCUGACCGUGGCAGUUUGAUAGGAGGGUGUCUCAUGAUGGGUACAAAAAUCGUUAUUCUUUUGUAAUGAACAACCGAAAAGUUAUACUAGCCCCUCUAAAACCUUUGCAAGCUUAUGAGAACCAUAUUAGGAUAGCAAGAGAAAAGAGAGCAAGUGAGGUCAAGAGGAAAAAUGGAGAGAAAAGUGAGCAAGAAGGAGAGAAACAUAAAAGAAUGAGUGUACUUGCUAAAAAACAUGAGGUUAAGAGUGUAAUGAUGGCGAGGCAACAAGCUUAUUUUUCUACUAACGACCUUAAAUCAUCUUUGCCUAGUGUUAUCAUAUUUUUAUUGCAGGAAUUUGAGGACCUAUUUCCUGAAGAGACCCCUUUAAGAGGAAUUAAGUAUUAAAUAGACUUCAUACCUGGUUCCGUCAUACCAAAUCGACUUGCUUAUAGAGCUAAUCCCGAGGAAACGAAGCAGAUACAAAGGCAAGUGGAUAAGCUGUUGCAAAAGGGAUUUGUAAGGGAAAGUCUCAACCCAUGUUCGGUUCCUGUCCUCUUAGUCCCAAAGAAAGAUGGAACAUGGCGCAUGUGUGUGGAUUGCCGAGCUAUUAACAAGAUAACGGUAAAGUAUAGACAUCCUAUCCCCAGAUUAGAUGAUAUGCUUGAUGAAUUGCAUGGCUCUCAAUUGUUUUCUAAAAUUGAUUUAAAGAAUGGCUAUUAUCAGAUUCGCAUGAAAGAGGGAGAUGAAUGGAAAACUGCAUUUAAAACUAAAUAUGGAUUGUAUGAGUGGUUAGUAAUGCCUUUCGGUUUAACUAAUGCACCUAGUACAUUCAUGAGGUUAAUGAACCAUGUCUUGCGUACUUUUAUGGGAAAACUUGUGGUAGUUUACUUUGAUGAUAUUUUAGUUUAUAGCAAAAAUUUGGAUGAACAUGUGAAACACUUGCAUGCUGUGUUUAGGGUGUUGAGAGAGCACCAAUUGUAUGCUAAUCUUAAGAAGUGCACGUUUUGCAUGGAAUCUGUUGUGUUUCUUGGAUUUGUUGUUAGUUUGCAGGGUAUUAGUGUUGAUGAAGAAAAGGUAAGGGCAAUAAAGGACUGGCCUACACCUAAGAAUGCGAAUGAGAAUGUUGUUUUUAAGUGGGAUGAUGUGCAUGACCGAGCUUUCAAAACUUUGAAAGAUAAGCUAACUAAUGCACCUUUGUUGUGUUUGCCUAACUUUGAUAAAGCUUUCGAGAUAGAAUGCGUACCCGGGAUUGGAAUAGGAGCUGUUUUGAUGCAGGAUUCCAAACCAAUUGCUUAUUUUAGUGAAAAGCUAAGUGGGGCAGUGUUGAAUUAUCCUACUUACGACAAGGAGCUUUAUGCUUUAGUGAGAACUCUUCAAACAUGGCAGCAUUACUUGUGGCCGAGGGAAUUCAUCAUUUAUUCCAAUCAUGAAAGCUUGAAGUUCUUGAAGAACCAAGGUAAACUUAAUAAAAGACAUGCUAAGUGGUUGGAGUUCAUAGAAACGUUUUCUUAUGUAAUCAAAUACACGCAUGGGAAGGAAAAUUUGCUUGUUAGGGAAAGUCAUGGGGGAGGUUUGAUGGGUCACUUUGGUACUGUUCAUUCUACUUCUUCAUUUUCUCCUUUUGAAAUUGUUUAUGGCUUUAAUCCUUUAACACCUGUGGAUAUUUUACCUUUGCCUACUAAUGAGCAUGCUAAUCUUGAUGGUAAGAAAAAGGUAGAUUUUAUGAAGGAUUUACAUGCCAAAGUUCGGGCCAACAUUGAAAGGAAGAAUGAGCAAUAUGCUAAGCAAGCCAAUAAGGGGCGUUUGAAGGUUGUCCUCCAACCCGGAGAUUAGGUUUGGGUGCACAUGCGUAAGGAGAGGUUUCCCACACAAAAGAAAUCAAAAUUGCAACCUAGAGGAGAUGGACCUUUUCAAGUCUUGGAGCGGAUCAAUGAUAAUGCCUACAAGCUAGAUUUGCCUAGCGACUAUGGUAAUGUUAGUGCAACUUUUAAUGUUGCUGAUUUAUCUUUGUUUGAUGUAGGUGAUUCGAGGACGAAUCCUUUCGAAGAGGAGGGGAAUAAUGGAGAUCGAGUGGCACGGCCACUCGUGGUGGAGUAUGACAAAUUGUGGCGACUAGGUUUCUCUGUCAUAGGGGUGUGUUUGUUGGAUCUCAAACUUGUAGGGAUUGCGGUGUAA